AUGGCACCUCCCUCUAAGAAGCGCAAAACCGCCAUCCCCGAAAUAUCCUUCGACUCUGCUGCCCGCGAAGAAUAUUUGACCGGUUUCCACAAGCGCAAGCUCGCGCGUCAGAAGCUCGCCGAGGAGGAGAACGCCAAAAAGGAAAGGGCAGAGAGGCUGCGAUUCCGCGCCGAGGUACGCAAGCAGCGCAAAGAAGACUUGGAGAAACAUGUGGAGGAGGUGAACCGGUUAGUCAGGCAAGCGAACGGCGAUCUCAGCGAAGCCAGUGGAGAAGACGAGGACCCCGAAAACGAGGAAUGGAGCGGCAUUGCAGAGCCCGCGGCGCCUAAGCCCUCCACCACGGAUAUCAACCAGGAAGAAGAAUUCGUAGACGAAGACAAAUAUACAACCGUCACCAUCGAAAGCGUCGGCAUAUCCAAACACGGAUUUGAGAAGCGCGGCGGCGACGAGGAAGCGGAGGACGCAAACAAAGAGAAAAGGGUGUGGACGAAGGAGCCGCCAAAAAGCAACAAGCCGAAGAAGAAGAAGAUCAAAUUCCGGUAUGAGACGAAGACGGAGAGGAAGGUGGAACGGGUGAAGCAGGGGUUGAAGAAGAAAAAGUUGGCGGCGAAGAGGAAGGCGGAUUAG